CUGACAAGGUCAUUUUAAGUGAAGAGAAAGAAUCUUCAUGUUCUGAUGAAGACAGUAGCAACACAAACAAGAAUGAUUUCAAAGAAACAUCGGAUCCUGACAAAUGUGCCAUCUCCACUGUUGAGGUCCAGUGUCUCUCCAGUAAUACCCCUUCCAUCUCUGGUGGAGAUGAAGUUAUUUGGUGUAUUGAGACUAAAGAUAUUUGCACCAAUGCACCACCCAUCUCAGCUGACAACCUCACCAUGUCUUCUGUUUCUGCUGCCAUUACUAUUGAUGAGACUCCUACCUUGUCUAGUGGAACAUCUGCCAUCUCUAGUGGCUACACCCACAGCUUUUCGAUUGGUCCCACUAUCAGUGGCACUGGACACACACCAUGCUUCUCUGCUAGCAACAACUCUGGGCCAUCCCAUAGUCCCACCCAAACCAAUGCACACAGCACAACCUACAGUACAUACCUUGACCUAUUUGAGGAAGAAUACCUCUCUGAUGACACUGAUCUCCAGGAAGCCAUUUCAAGGUCCUUAGAGUCCAGCACAAAUGAGAGUGAUUCAAGGAUGACUUUAGAGAGAAUAAUGGAGCAGAUUGGUUCUAGAGUAAAUAAUGACAGCACUGUACGCUUCAAUAUCAUAAGAAGAAAUGUGUGGGAUGGAACAUCCAGAGCAAUGGGCAGGUCCAAUUUUUCACCCGAGAAGAAGGUGGAUGUUAAGUUUACUGAUGACUAUGGAACAUCUGAGGGUGCUGUGGACAAUGGAGGACCUACUCAGGAGUUUUUCCGACUCUGUCUACAUGAAAUCAAGGACAAAAUUGGCAUCUUUGAAGGACCAUCUAAUGCUAAAGUUCUCACAUGCAACUCCAAAGGUACACUACUUAUAAAUUCAUAUUGAUGUCAAGUAAAGGAUUUCUUUUGGAUUUCUAAAUAUGUUGUACCUGAAAUGAUUUAGUAGGAAAUGUAAGAAUCUUCAAAUGUUGUACU